GCUCCAACGGUACAUUUCGUCUUCUCCUUGCAACCCUGUAUAACCCCAAAGAGUCGAGCCGAGAAGGAUACCAGGGGUGCUAUACUCUGUAGACUGUAGUUGUCUGGCCGGGUUGAUUCGAAAAGGUGCAGGACAUAUCCGCACUUACAGAGUACAGUAAGCUCUUUCUCUCCUCCAUUCAUAGAUUUCUUUCCAUCUCAUAUCACCCCUCUGUUGUAUAUUCCAAUAAAGCUUCCGCGCUGCAGGUCUACCCUACCUUGUGUUAACUAAACGCUAUAGAAAAGUACUGCUUACUUUACUUUCCUUACUUUUUUCCUUCCCGCUCCUCACUGCUAGUACACGUCCGGUCUCGCGUCACCAUUUGAAAGCUUCGAAGAGUUUUCUCGCCAUCCUAUCCCUCGCGACUGGGUAAAGAACCACGAUAUCACGAUCCUUGCUUAUGUUCCAUAUCAAUCUCACUUGUCCUCCCAUCUAACUCGCCAAGUGACGGCUUCCUGCCUUUGUGCCACCAUCGCUACGACUUCCCUUCAUUUAUCACCAAAUUCACCCUCGAGACUCGAAAGAUCUAAAUCAAUUCACUGUUCACAAACCAAAAGAAAAACCUACGACUUGGUAUCAAAAAAGACAGACCAAAAAAUCCUUUUCGAAUACUCUUCAAACUUUCGUUUCAAAUUCGUUCCGGUUGUCAAUUGCAUUUGUAUUUGGAAGACAGUAUAUUGAGGUUUCUGCUUUCACAAAUAUCAACCCAAUUGAGAUUAAGGACCUUGGUAGUACUACCUCACCUAGUUAUUCGCGCUGUAUCCAAAGACCACCGAAAUUUCACAAAAACUCUUUCAGAAGUCAAUGAUUCGACCUUGUCUGAUGAAUGCAUGAACACGAUACCAGAUUUAACUUGUCAAUGUCUGUCGGUACUGGGAUCAUCGGAUAAUUACUCCUGCACAUUGUCAACUGUGACACCUGGCAUCGCUAGAAAAAGGAAACCUGCAUAUCUUGAGGAGGAACUUUCGAAGAAUAAAUUCCCAUAUCUGAAAAAUACACAUGGUUUUCACAUUGGAAGCUUAAACCGUAAGGUUAUCCACCCCCAUAUUUCGACUUCGGAGCUUGGUCCUCGAGAUCAAUUUGCAUGAUUGUAUCUGAUCUAUCAUUUCCCGGGCUGAUGUAAAGAAGGGUGCACUGACAAGUCGAAACAGGUCCAAACACCAGAAGCUUUGCUACGCAUAUCAGACUGCAUACUACCGGGUAUCAGCUACUUUAGAAAGGACGAAUAGAGAUUUAGUCUAGAGCUUGCAAACGCAGUGGAGGUUAUUGAGUACCUCGACAAUUGGCCUUUGAAGCAUCAUCCCGAACUGAAUAAUCUUCGCAAUCGAGUUUCAUGGAACCGUGAAUACCGACCUACAAACAACUGGAAGUUCAAUUUUCGACUUCAGGCGCCAAAUACCAACCGGAAAUUCAGCUUCAAAGUCAAUAGCUAUGGCAGCGACCUUACCACGGGGGUCGAGACCUUCAUAUGGGCCGCCCACAUCAGCAUUACCUGCUCUGCCUAUGGCAAAAACUCGAAAAAGCAUGAGCACAUCGCAAUUGCCCACAGAUGGACCAGAAGCACAAGACACACCUAGAAGCGGACUGCGAAACUCGUCGUCAUCUAGCCUUCAAUCAUCUACCAGUCAACCAUUGAGGAGUCCUGUCCUUUCAAAAUUUCCCACUUCGCCAGGAGUUAAUGCAGCUGGUAAAAGCAUAAGGAAAACGAUCAGUAUCAAUGCAUUUCCGCAGCCUCCUCGAGGAGGGGUUAGAACCACAAGUUUGCCGCCUAGUCCAUUAUCCGGGGGAGUUGCGCCAGGGACCGCGAUAUCAACAGGAGAGUUAAGUAGGAGGGAAUCGAUGGAAAUAAACGCAUCCAACACUGGUGGCGGGAGACUUCGGAAAAGACCCAUGGCGAUGGCCAAUCCCAAUACACAUAGCUCAUUCAGUGGAUCGACCCAAACCCUAAUCAACGGAAGUGAAGGCGGCAUUUCAAUAUCUGGCGGUGCCGGAACUCGAGGUUCGGAUGGUCUAUUAAGCUUACCAUCACCCCCGCAAAGUCGCAGCUCAUCUGCCCAGGAUUCAUACUCGACGUCUGUAACAACCACUGAAGAAUUUGGAGAUGGGGUCAGAGGUCGAGAGGGGCCUGAUGAUGCCGAUGGACAGUCUUCAAAAUUAGGAGAAGGUAAAGGAAAUGUCAUCGUCAGCGUUCGUGUACGCCCAGAUGCCAAUAGUGAUGGAGACAAUAGCAAGUCUUCCGGAGAAUGGUUAAUAGAUGGAAGAAAGUCGCUUGUUGCCUACCGUGGGAAGGAAGGUGGCGAUUAUUACUAUGGUAAGGCUAUGGCUGAUACUUUUUCAUGUUGACACUAACACGGUAACAGAUAAUGUGUUUUCCCAGAAUGAUAAUAACGCUAGAGUAUACGAUGCAUCGGCCAAAAGGCUCGUACGGCGAGUCAUGGAAGGAUAUCACGGCACCGUUUUUGCAUAUGGCAUGACAGGUACGGGAAAGACAUUCUCCAUGCAAGGGACGGAUAAGAUGCCUGGUGUUAUUCCACUCGCUAUCACCGACAUUUUCUCAUAUAUUCGUGAAACCCCAUCGCGAGAGUUUCUUCUCAGGGUUAGCUAUUUGGAAAUAUAUAACGAGAAGAUUCAUGAUCUGUUGAGUGCUUCGACAGGACCCGCAACUGGCCCAGGAGCUGUUCAGACUGAAGAAAUUAAGCUUCGAGAAGAUAGCAAGAGGGGUGUGUAUGCCACACCUCUGAAAGAAGAGAUAGUGCAAUCUCCAACACAAUUACUUCGUGUCAUCUUUCGAGGUGACCAAGCACGAAGGACUUCCAGUACACAGUUCAAUGCUAGGAGUUCUCGAAGUCAUGCAGUCGUGCAGAUCGUGGUUGAAUCUCGCGAGCGAAUUCCGGGAGGAACAGCAAUGAACGAAAACAAGCGGAGCGGCCUUGUUCCCGGUGGCGUGCGCGUCUCUACACUCAGUUUGAUUGAUUUGGCAGGAUCGGAGAGAGCCGCCGAAACGAAGGAACGACGUACUGAAGGCUCUCAUAUCAAUAAAAGUCUGCUGACCCUCGGAACCGUCAUUGCUCGGUUGUCGGGCAACAAAGAUAAGGACGGCAAACCUAUGGACAAGGACGGAAAACAUUUGCCAUAUCGCGACAGCAAGCUUACAAGACUUCUUCAAGGCGCACUAUCCGGUGACUCGCUUGUCAGCAUUCUUUGUACAAUAUCUGUUGGAUCCGGAGCAAGUGCCUCUGGGCCUAAUAGCCACACCAGUGAGAGCUUAAACACCUUGAAAUUUGCUUCUAGAGCUGCAGCCAAUAUCGUCAGUCAUGCUAAAAAGGCGGAGGAAGCAAUGGGCGCAGGUGAUGGUGGUGCUAGAGUCUUGCUAGAACGAUACCGCAUGGAGAUCUUAGACCUACGGAGGCAGUUAGAUGGCCAAGUCAAAGCCAAAGCAUAUGAGGAGGACAAAAUCCAAAAGGAAGAAGCAAAGGCACGUCAUGAAGAGCAACUUGUAGAGAUGCAGUUGGCUCGAACGGCCUUGAAAGAAAGAAUCGAUCAUUUAAAUAGACUGAUACUCAGUUCCAAGUCCACUGGUGUGAAUGCACAUGGUACAUAUUCGUCUUUAAGCAUGCGAUCUAGAUUUUCGAUGGGGAUGUCAAAUGGCCACAUGUCCUCAAUGUCUGUGCGCUCAUCUAUGACUCCAUCCACCAUCACACUAGAGCGUUCCAACUCGGUAUCUACCAUCGGUCGCCGGCGAAGUACGAAACGAUUGUCUGGAACUACUUCAGGUGAUCAUACGUCAAUGGAAGAUGAAGAUUCUGCGGGUGAAUAUGGUGAUGGUACAGCUUCGCUGGCAGCGCAGAAUCGAGCUUUACAAGCUGAUCUCGCAGAUAAAACCAGGUACUGCCAGACUCUAGAGAAGCGACUCCUACAAGCUCGCCGCUCUAGUCAGUCAAGGGCGUCUGCACAAUUCGGCACCAAGUCGAGUAUUAUGGUUGGUGAGGACCAUGGGGUUUCCAAUCUUCUGAAAGAUAAGGAUGCUGAAAUUGCGGACUUAAGGGCAAGACUUGAUGAUAAAGACCGCAUGUUAUCGGCACUUCGUAGCUCCGCUCGGUCAAGAGAUACUGCCGACCGUGAUUCUCGUCAUGGAGUGAAUAAUGGGAUGAAUCAUGGCUUGCCGUUAAGUCCCGUCUCGGCGAGAGAAUCCCAAUUGUUUGAUCCUAGUCUCACAUAUUUAGGAGGUUCGGUGAAGGUUCUCCCACCCACAGUACUUCCCCCCACGCCUCUCAAAAAUUCAAAAAGUGUAGAUGAGAUGAGCAAAAUGUUGGAUGAGAUGAUUCAAGAUAGAGUUGAAAGUGAUCAAUUGAUCAAAGGGGUUAGGGGAAGUGUUCGACACACUGGCGACCGCAAGCGAGCGGUUUCAACAGAUAGGAUUUCUGGAAUUGAACCUCUUAAGAGUCCAUAUUUGAGUCCUAUGGCUCAGCCACACGAUUCUGGGGUUGUAGUAACAGAUUAAUUUAAAAAGAGUGGAGGUGAGAUUUGUGAUUAAUAGGGUUAUGGUUCACGGCGUUUUUUGGAAGGUUGUUAAUUGUCUAUACCCACGUUACUUUUGUUUUCAUUUUAUUUUCCGGGCUUUUUGCUUAUCACUGCAAACAUUUUCUUCUCUUUUACGCGGCAAUUAGUGAUGGGACACUGGAGCGGGCGGUCAUUUUUUCGGGAACAUUUCGAUGGGUGGUUGGUGGGACGGACAGCGGCAUUUAUCUGUCUAAAUGUAAUAAUAUGAUCGGGGAAGGGUACAUUUGGAGGGCCUCACAGGAUUGGCGGACUCAGGAAAACCAUACUUCUGGAUCGCUUCGGGAGACGUUUUUCUACUUGGUUUCAUUUACUUUUGUGCUGGGACGUGGAUGCGCAUUUGGGAAAAUAGUCGAAUCUUGAUAAUGGGUUUGUGGUUUGAUACCCCAGGAUGAUUGGGAAGGAUACAAAAACAGAUAUCCGAUAGAAUAUACCGAUACAGCGAUGAUGGGAAUUGUUUAGUAGAGAUAUUUAUUUGGGAUGAGUUGCAUGAGUAGAGUUGUUGAGUUGAGUUGAGGAUGUGGUUUACUAGAACAGAUAGAUAUUGAGUUGUGUGGGGGGCUCAAUGAAUCGUGAUGUAAUGAAUGAAUUGAUGGGAGUCAAAAGAUAUAAUUUUUAUCAGAUUUCAAACAUG